AUGUUGCAAAGUCCCAACAUGAUGCGGCCGGUAACCUCUGCGGAGAGUGUCAGUAGCCGGUCGAUUCCGCGGCUCAACCGUUUUGAUUCUUCUGCUCAUCACAGUCGCCUGCUGCGCUCACACUCUGUGUCUUCGUCCAUGAACGCUCCAGACGGGAUCUUCCUGCGUCUUUUGGCGGGGUCUGUGCUCAGCUCCUCUUUCAAGGGUGCAAAAGCUAUGCCUGUAGAUUUAAAAGAUACUUCGGAGCCUCUCCUUUCUCUCAAAACAUUACAGGCUCUCUUGGCGCCAGUACAGUUGGUCGCAGCCACGUUUGUAGCUCCGGGAGACGAAAAGGCGUUGAUUGGCACCAUUUGCGGAUGGUGUAGUACACUCUUAUAUAUUUCCUCGCGCUCUCCGCAGAUUUGGAAGAAUUACUGUUUGAAGUCGACUCACGGUGUGUCUCCGUACUUGUUCCUCUUCGCGAUGUUGGGAAACUCAUUGUACACAAUUUCCAUUCUCUCGGAUCUCUAUUUGCUAUCCAAGUAUGAGAAAUACCUUGGAGACGUUGACUUUCAUACCGUGUUCAGAUCGCAACUUCCUUUCUUGGUAGGAAGCUCCGGGACAGUGUUCUUCGACUGUAUUUUGCUUAUCCAGUUCUACGUGUAUGGCCUGCAGAGCUCAAUCGGACACAAGUCUAGGAGCAACAGUCAUCCUGAAAUCCGUCAUCGGUCGCAUUCUAGAAAAUCUCAGCGUCGCGUGUCACCCAGCGCCCACUUCACCAAGCCAGACUGGUACACUUACCUGAAUAAUGGCCAAGACCGAAUGGGUAUAUACGAGGAUUUCAAUGAAGAUGCUCAAAGCGAGAGCCGCUUCGACGAAAGCCGAAAGUCGAGCUUUCUGUACUACAAGAACGCCGCCUACGUGCCGUCAAAUGAGAGUACAUCUCUCCUCCAAAACUCAAUAUCAUCUCCACCUUUGCAUUAUGUGAUGUCAUCGUCACACAUUGAAAACAGCUAUCAGCAAAAAAAUAGAAAAAGCUUCGCUGGAGCGUUCUCGUCUCUUGCGAAAUCCUUCUCGCAAAAUCUGUUUAUCAGAUCUGCCUCGAUUGGAUCUUCACACCAGUCUAUCUCAGCAUCGCCUGUCCGGGACACUUCUCUCAUACCGUCUCUUGUGGGCACCUACUCGUCGCUUUCUAAAAGGAUGAUGGACGAAAACAAAAUCCCGUUUCUGCCAAUUGACUUUUUGCAAAGUGACUUCUUGCAUCGUGAAAGUGAUUUAGAUAGCAAUCACUGA